GCCGUUUGUUGACGACAACCCGGAAGUGGUCAGGUGGUUCGUUUUUAGUGCGUUUCAGUAUACCUGCGAAGCGAUGUCGUUUUGCGGGGGGACUUGCUGGACUUUUGUCGUAGCUACGACGUUGUUUGCUCUGUUGCUGGAUGCUGCUUCUCUUGUGAAUGCGAAGAGCUUUCAAGAUGUUCGCUGCAAGUGCAUCUGCCCGCCUUACAGAAACAUUUCCGGGCACGUCUACAACCGAAAUGUUUCCCAAAAGGAUUGCAACUGUCUCCAUAUUGUGGAGCCCAUGCCGGUGCCUGGCCGUGAUGUAGAAGCUUAUUGCCUGCUGUGUGAGUGCAAGUAUGAGGAGCGGAGCAGCAACACGAUCAAGGUGACCAUCAUCAUCUACCUGUCUGUUGUGGGGGCGCUGCUGCUGUACAUGCUCUUCCUCCUCCUGGUGGAUCCUCUCAUCCGCAAGCGCGACGCCUACACGCAGCCUCUGCACAACGAGGAUGAUUCUGAGGAGAUGCGUCCGCAAGUGGACGGCAGCCUGGCCAGAGGAAACACGGUGCUGGAGCGGGUGGAGGGUGCGCAGCAACGCUGGAAGAAGCAGGUCCAGGAACAGCGCAAGACGGUCUUCGACCGCCACAAGAUGCUCAGUUAGAGCCGAGCUUUAGAGCAGGUAUCUUCUCUGUCACCAGCUGCACUUUCGCAAGUUCACCACACGGAAUUCCAAGGCUUGACGCAAAAAUAGACCCGCUCGAGAUGAUUGCGAUGCUUAACCGACGAGCACGGCAGUGAGCAAUUCCUGCAUGUGCUUUACAGUAAAUUUGUGGAAGAUUGAAAGUCACUCAUAGUUAGUAUAAAAAAAAAAAGUUUAUUGUUUAUCAAUAUUAGUUAAUAGUUUUACCAUGACUGUAUGAUAUAUUCAACAUUUUAAUAACCGGCUAGCAACAAAAAUGUGAUGUGAUUUUUCAAAACGGAUAAAAACGUUUCUGUGCGCAAAACAAGACCUGGCUGAAUCAAUACAGCAAAUAUUUAUCUUACAUAAUAAAAUGAUAGAUUUUACUAUUUAUUGUUUUACACAAAUAUAAUUUCAUAAUGGCUGAAAAGCGAAGCGUGGAGAGUCUCUUCCCCAAAGCACAAUUAGAAUAAUAAUUGCCAACAGCCUCACCGGUUUGUUCCAAAACAACUCUGGUGACACUUUUUUUUUGCUAGCCAUGAAGCAUUGUUUGAAGUUGUAGUUCGUUUGGUUCAUAUUAAGUUAGGCAUAUCAUUUUGAAUGUGUCCUUGUUUUUCUUCUCCUUUCUUUGGGUGAUAUCAAAAUUGGGCAGUCAAUGUAUGGCCGUGAUGUUUUAGCAAAAUGACGGGUAGAUUAUAAAUUGCUAGCACGUAAAUGACCUUUCUUGUAUUCAAAACCAUUAUUGCUACUGAUGUGUUGACCGCAAAUGUAUUUAUUAUGAUUGUUUUAUUAGAUAUUUUUUUGUGGUUGAUUUGAUUGCCCUCGCUACUGAAUUGUAUGCAUAGGCAGUUGUCUGUACGUUUGUCUUCAUGCCAAAUAAGAAAACACCGGUUAAGCAA